GAACACGAGACUGAAAAGAAAAUUGGUCAUUGCACAAAAGUCAUACGCAGCGCCAAUAUGGAAAACCUGAGGAGUGGGUACUUGUUCCCUGAGAUAUCUCUACGGGAAUACGAGCAUUCUCAAAAAUAUCCAAAUGCAAAAAUAAUUAAGCUUGGAAUAGGUGACACUACCGAACCCAUACCAAACUGUAUUGCAUCAGCCAUGGCAAAGCAAGCAACUGCUCUGUCAACUGUGGAAGGCUACAGUGGGUAUGGAGACGAGCAGGGCAAUAAGGCACUGAGGAAGAGAAUUGCAGAAAUGUUGUACGGAAAUAUGGGCAUAAAGGGCAAAGAAGUCUUUGUUUCUGAUGGAGCUCAAUGUGACAUCUCUCGCCUUCAGAUGCUUCUGGGGCCAAACGUGACGGUGGCUGUGCAAGAUCCUUCUUUUCCUGCCUACAUAGAUUCAAGCGUAAUUUUCGGACGGGCAGGAGACCUACAAGGGCAAAACGGUAAAUAUGAGAGAAUCGUGUACAUGAAGUGUACCCCCGAUAACGAUUUUUUUCCAGAUUUGUCAAUCACUCCCAGAACGGAUAUCAUCUUCUUCUGCUCUCCGAACAAUCCGACUGGAACCGCCGCCUCCGCCGCCCAACUCCGCCGCCUCGUCGACUUCGCCACUGCCAAUGGAUCCAUCAUCGUCUUUGAUUCUUCCUAUGCCGCUUACAUCUCCGACGGCAGCCCUACCUCCAUAUACCAAAUUCCAGGAGCCAAACAGGUCGCAAUCGAAAUAUCGUCCUUCUCCAAAUUCGCAGGCUUCACCGGCGUCCGCCUCGGCUGGACGGUGGUUCCGGAGGAGCUAUCGUAUUCGAAUGGAUUCCCGAUCAUAAAGGAUUACGAUCGAAUCGUCUGUACGUGCUUCAAUGGUGCCUCCAACAUCGUUCAGGCCGGUGGCCUUGCUUGCCUUUCCGCUGAAGGUUUGCAGGCGAUAAGCAGAGUGGUGAAAUCCUACCAGGAGAACGCCAAGAUUCUGACGGAGGCCUUCCGUGGUUUGGGAAUGGAAGUGUACGGAGGCCAAAACGCACCGUAUCUAUGGGUGCACUUUCCAGGAUCGAGCUCUUGGGAGAUAUUUGCAGAGAUCCUGGAGAAGACGCACAUUGUGACUAUUCCGGGGAGAGGAUUUGGGCCCGGCGGCGAGGCGUAUAUUAGAGUCAGUUCCUUCGGCCACAGAGAAACCAUUCUAGAAGCUUCCCAGAGGCUCACAAAUCUUCGCACACUAAACAUCAAUUAGGUGAAAGAUCGUACGGAUGAUCUCGAGCCUUAAUAAUAUGAUAA